CUUCUCACAAUUUCUCUCCCUUUAGCCUCUGAUGGAGAUCAGCUUCAGCAGUUGGGGAGAUGGGCUGCACUCCCUCUAAGUCAGUGGUAACCUACACUCAAGAGCGGGUUUGUCGAGACCUGGACACCUGCUCCACCUUCGUACCCAGCCUCAAGAGCUCUGUGUCCACCCCGGAGAGACCCUCACCCCGGCUCUGUGUGGAGACCAGCAGCGGCAAGCAGACCUUUCUCAGUGUUCCAUGUCGCGACAGUGUCGGUCGGUCGCUGAGCCAGCCCUCCAGUCCAGACACAUGGAGCACGUUCAGCACCGCGACCACGGCUAGUCCCUUUUGCCUGCCUCGGGCCGAUAUCGCAAAACCCAGCUCCAACGACAACGGCAGCGACUCGGAAGGCAGUGACACUAUAGCUUGCAACGGAAGAUAAUUGUGCUGGACUGAUGGUCAGACAGCAUGCCCAUGGCCCACACUCAGCUACUAAAUGGACUGGCAAGUCUUGACAGUAACUAAUUUGACCUUAAUGUAUGUUUCUCCGUAAACACAUAUUUACAAAAUACCGACUGUUCUUAGGUUUGGUACUUUCUUCUUGGAACAACGUGACCAUUUAACAUAAGCUACUGUUAAAUUAGUGUGCAGUUCAUGAUGCGGCAUUGAAAUUAAAUUUUUAAUUUUGUAACAUUGUCAGUGUUCAGACGGACCUGUGUGCGAAUGGCCAACGUGUAAUGUAUGUGUCAGCAAAUAACUAUCCAACUGUUUCCUAUUGUGUUCAUAGUAGAUAGAAAAACGUGAGACUUUUGUGACUAAACAUUCAAAACCUAUUUCCAGUUCGUAAACUCGCGAUAAUAUGCGCCCAACUCUCGCGAACAGUCAGUGACUGAGGAGAGAGAUGGAGAGAAAUGAGGUCUGAAAAGGACCAAACAACUGGAGGUAGGGAGAAAACCGUCGUUGAAAUACAAUUCAAAGAUAUUCCACGGGAACCCGACGGUGUGUCCGUACACUCCAAGCAAAAAGAGGAAAAGAAAGAGGUUUUCACCAAGGUGGUUAUCCGGCGACUUCCACCCAGUCUUUCCAAGGACCAGUUGGAGGAGCAACUCAGUCCCCUUCCGUCCUACGACUACUUCGAGUUUUUCCCAGCUGACCAAAGCCUCUACCCACACCUGUUCUCCAGAGCUUACAUCAACUUCAAGAACCUAGAGGACAUCUUGCUUUUUAGGGAUCGUUUUGAUGGCUACGUUUUCAUUGAUAGUAAAGGCCAGGAGUACCCAGCUGUGGUAGAGUUCGCCCCAUUCCAGAAGAUUUCGAAAAAGAAGUUAAAAAAGAAAGAUGCCAAAGCUGGAAGCAUUGAAGAAGACCCAGAGUACCGGCGCUUCCUGGAGAGCUACUCCUGCGAUGAGGAGAAGUCCCUGGCCAACCCUGAGACUCUGCUGGGGGAGAUAGAGGCCAAGACCAGGGAACUCAUAGCCAAAAGAACAACGCCGCUUCUGGAGUACAUCAAGAAUAAGAAACUCGAGAAGCAGAGGAUAAGAGACGAGAAGAGAGAGGAGAGGAGGCGCAGAGAGCUGGAGAAGAAACGCCAGAGGGAGGAUGAAAAGAGGAAGAGGAGGGAGGAGGAGAGACGCAAACGCAAGGAGGCUGAGAAGCAGAAGAAACUGUCGGAGAAGGAGAUCAAGAUCAAGCUUUUGAAGAAGAGUGACAGGGAUGAUGACCUAGACUCAGACAGACUGAAGGACAAAGGGGACAGCGGAGAGACAGACCGAAACAAGUGGGACAAACCCAGCGGACACGCAAAGUCAAAGGAACCCAAGGAGAAGGGUCAGCAGGAGGGUGACAAAGAGCAGCGGGAGCAUAGCCGCAGACAGAAGGACCACAGAGGAAGAGACGAGGAGCGGAAACGCCAGAGGCACCACUAUGAGUUCGACAAGUUCAUGCGCCGCAAAGAGGAGACUAAGUGGGGCAAAGGUUACUGCCACGACCGUGCUAAGAAAGAGGGCCAUCACCAUGGCUACUACUGCACCGAGGGGGGGGACAAGGGGGGCAAGGAGGACAGGGAGGAUCAGGGUGGCAGGAAGGAGCGAAUCCGGAACAAGGUGAGCGAGAAGUCUGUGAUAGUGCAUCAGGACAGAGGGACCGCGCAGUCAGAGGGAACACACCAGAUAGGAGGGUCUCUGCCAGCCAAGGACCGUCCGGCCAUGCAGUUGUACCAACCUGGCGCCCGUAACCGCAAACGCAUGAUCUCAGGGGGCAAAGGUUUCGACUGCCCCCCUGUCAGCCAUGCCCUUGAGCCUGGCCCCGAACCUUGCUAUGAGGUUGUUACCAUGGGAACAGGGUCAGAGAAAAGUGGAGAUGAGUAGUUGGGUUUUGUUUGACAUCCAUGCUUCUCUGAUGCUUAACAAAUCCCCAUUGGAUUGUAUUUCAGGCAAAUAGCAUCAAGCUCCGGCUGUUUAGAUGUUCUUUAAAGGUUUCAUUUUUAACAAACAGAUGGUUCUGACAGCUUCACGGUCCAAAUGUAUUUUCAUUUCAUAAAUAUGAUUCCAUGAAAGGUCAAUUUAGGUUCAAGUUUUAUAACUAAAGUGUCACAGCAGAAACAUUCUUACAGUACAGUUUAAAAGCUGCACUAGUGACAACUAGAUUGUAAUAAUCGCCAUUUUUAGUAAAAUAUAAAUGUUGGCUGUGAUCCCAAUGGAUAUUAAUAGCACAACUUAACCUUCAUGUUUCUGGAUAUGAUACUUCUUCUAAUGUCCUCAUACAUUUCAGAAGUCACUGCCUGAUAACAGUUAGCUUUAUAUUUGAUAUAUUCCACCUGGGCCCAUAGUUGUUAUGUGUUUGAGGCGGCUCAUCCAACAGUAUCUGUCAACCCACAUGCCUGCCCUCAUCACCCACAAAGCAGAUUUAUAAGCCUUUGUAGAGAGUCCAUUCGACUGUGAUGUUUUUAAAGAAAGACUUAUAGAUUUGAUCAUAAAACAAAAUAUAUGAUGCAAAAGUUUUAUUUAAAAUAUUUAAGAUGUAUUUGGAUCUGGAUGUAGAAUAUCUUUAACCACAGAAAAUAAAUCCAUAAUGUAAUUGUAUGUAUAUACAGAUGUACGUAUUUGUGUGAUUGAGACAAAAAAAACUAGCAGUAGUGGACCGAAUGUGUGGAUUGUGGGUUUCGUUAGUUAUAUACUUGUUUUACUGUGACUUGUGACAAUUCUUACAAAUCUUAUUGCCGGAUGUAAGAAAAGAGAGCAUCUGCUUAUUUUGCAUAAGUGAUGCAAGCAGUUUCCUUCCUAGCAGUAAUUAAAAUGUGAGCCAGGAGAAAUCACACACUUUUGUUUAUGUGACGGAUUGAUCAUUUACAGUAAAUUGAUAAUAAAAUAGGAAGGUGCUGAGAGUGACUGUCUUCUCAUUUUCAUUUUCUAUGCUGUUCUCUACCACAUGAACUAUCCAAAUGACCUGAUGCCUGAACUGUUUUAUGUGAGAAGGUAGUAACUAAUAUGUAAUAACAUAGUAAUGUCUUUGUAACAUGCCUUAGAUAUUUUUGCACACGACUCACAUUAUUAUAUUAUGUGUAUCAUAGCAUCAUCCACUAUGGUUUGUUUUCACGAUGAGAGUAAUUUGAAAAAUGUGAAAUAAAUCUAUAAGCUAAACUGUAA